GAGUGGAGCCUGGAAAUGAGUGAGGAGUCGCCAGAGUUGAGGGAUCCACGUUGAAGGUGACAAUGACUUUUCUCAGCCGCAGCGUUCUCGGGCGAAACGGAGCCCGGUGGCUGAAAGGCCCGAAAGGAAAACGACUCGCUGGCAAUUGCGGAGGGCCCCCGGGUGGGUGCAUCGCGUGGGCGCGCGCCCGGGAGUGGUCUGGCGCUGUGGCUGAACCUCGUGUUUUAGUUUAUUGCAGCCCCUUGCGCAUGUUUUGAGAAGGUUGGACCAUAUAUGCCAUUCGCUCGAAAACUAAGUUGCAGUCUACUUGCGAACCCACGGGAGCGAGGGGCUUUAAAUCGGCCUUUGGGUCGGUGCCGGGGUUGCCGAGCGCACGCGGCGUGGCGUUGUUUGCCCAACUCCAGAGGGAUGCGGAUGCGACAAUGAGAGCAACACGCGGCCGCUCGGAAACAGCCCCGGCUCCCAGACGCCUGUUCCCCCCCGGACCGCGCCCAAGCCGCGCUGGUGUCGGGUGUGUCUAUGGAGCUUUAAGUUUUGUUCGCAGUGUAUUCACCUGUAGCGUAGCUGUGGGCGCCACGACGAAGGUUUUCUAGGGCGACCGUGUGCGGCUUAAGAUGGCCAGUCGGAGCCCAGUUGACUUGGGGAUGGAGGCAGCGGCGUUGUCUGCGCCGAAGGGGUGAGAGAACUCCGGAGGACACUGCUUUUUGUGCUGAACAUGACAGACCACGUGCUUGGGGCUGCGACCUGGUUUUCGUCGGAGUGUCCAGCUCCAGACUAUUGCCCAGAAGAAAAGAUGUUUGGUUUUCACAAGCCAAAGAUGUACCGGAGUAUAGAGGGCUGCUGUAUUUGCAGAGCUAAGUCCUCCAGUUCUCGAUUCACUGACAGUAAACGCUAUGAAAAGGACUUCCAGAGCUGUUUUGGGUUGCAUGAGACUCGUUCGGGAGACAUCUGUAAUGCCUGUGUCCUGCUUGUGAAAAGAUGGAAGAAAUUGCCAGCAGGGUCAAAAAAAAACUGGAAUCAUGUGGUAGAUGCAAGGGCAGGACCCAGUCUAAAGACUACAUUGAAACCAAAGAAAGUGAAAACUAUAUCUGGAAAUAGGAUAAAAAGUAACCAGAUCAGCAAACUGCAGAAGGAAUUUAAACGUCACAAUUCUGAUGCUCAUAGUACCACCUCAAGUGCCUCCCCAGCUCAAUCUCCUUGUUAUAGUAACCAGUCAGAUGAUGGCUCAGAUACAGAGAUGGCUUCUGGCUCUAACAGAACGCCAGUUUUUUCCUUUUUAGAUCUCACAUACUGGAAAAGACAGAAAAUAUGUUGUGGAAUUAUCUAUAAAGGCCGUUUUGGGGAAGUGCUCAUUGAUACCCAUCUAUUCAAGCCUUGCUGCAGCAACAAGAAAGCAGUUGCCGAGAAGCCGGAGGAGCAGGGGCCAGAGCCUCUGCCCAUCUCCACUCAGGAGUGGUGACUGAGGUUUAUGUAGAAGGGGAACAAAAAACGAUUUAAAUCUUAGGAUAAAAAAAAGGCAACGAAACGACCUUCCUUUUUUUAAAGAGGAUACCUGCUAUUCUGCCAAAAGACAAUUUCUAGAAUAGUUUGAAUGGGUUAUUUUUCCUCCAGUUCCACAAGUUUCACAAACUCUGAAGCCAGUAUCUAGCAUACUAAAAGAAAAAAAAGACGUGUACAUAAUAUUUAAGAUGCUCAGUAUUUCAUAGGAAAGCUGAAUGCUGCUGUAAAGUGCUCUUUAAGUCUUUUUUUUUUUUUUUAAUCCCCUUUUAAUGAAUGAAAUUAGGGGAAUUUCAGGGGACAGAGAUGGGAUUUGUUGUAUGAUAAAUGUAUGUAGUUUUAGUCUUUCUAUAUUGAGAAGCAGUGGUUGGGGCAUUUUUAAAGCUGGCUGGCUACACUUCUUUUCCUUCUUGAUAAUAAAUUUGUCAUAACUCAGUAACAUAGACUUGCCCCUAGAGGUAGUUGUUAAUAAUUUUGAAAUAUUAAGGUCUUGCCAAGGUUCUGAUGAUUCAAACCUGUACUACUGAAUAUUAAGCAGGACAGACUAAGCUCUCUGGUGCAAAUACCUUGAAGGAGUAAUUUCUAAAUAUACAAAGAGAUAACUGGACUGUUGUAUAUGUUGUAUCCUGUGUCACCUCCCUCAUAUUGAUAUUUGAUAAAGAUUUUUAAUUUAUAUGAAACUUCUAAAGCAGAAUCAAAGCUCCUCUGGAGGGAAAUGUCAAGUCUUUAGGAUAAGCAAUCUUAUAUGAAUAGUACCAAAGCGUUGCCACAUGGUAGAGAACACACUCUUAAAAACCUUAAAUUAUCUGAAAAAUAAAAUGUGCAAGCCUGUAGGAUGGCGCGUGCACGCACGCACGCAUACACACACACACACACACACACACACAAAACAAAAAAAUAAAACAAAGGUUAAUGCUUCUUGGGACACAUUUCUUAGAGGGUUUGCCGAGUGUGUAAAUAAUUGACGUACAUAAUUGACUUUUGUUUGUGUUACAUGACUGACUGGUGACUUCAUUGAAAAUCUGCACAAUUCAGUUUUAGCUCUGGAUUACUUCAGUUGACCUUUGUGAAGGUUUUAUCUGUGUAGAGUGGUUGUUUGACUUGUUUUAACCUAUUAGGGUUUUGGGUUUAUUUUUUUUCACUCUAUAUUAAAGAAACAUUCUAUGAAAAGAGGUGUGUGUUAAUGCUGAGUGGGUUGGUUUUGGUUUGGCUUCUUUCAUUCAGGCUUUCUGAACAUUGAGAUAUACUAGAUGAUAAGUCCUGAACACAGAGCCCUUCAAUUCUAAAAUCUAUUAAAAGCCUCUUACUUGAAUCCAAACCAAAGUACUCUCAUUGCCUCUUUUCUAAAAGUUCAGGAGAAAUAUAUUACCAGUUCAGACUUUUCAUAACGAGGGAGGAUCAUUUGCCUACCUUAUAAUAAAAUGACUCAGUGCUUAUUUUUAAAGCAAGAUUUUAAAAAAUCGGUAGUAUAAAUAACAAUAAGGAGUGAGCCACUUUUUAUGGGCAUCCUGUAGUUUUAUAGUUUUUAAUCUAAACUUAAAAUUUUAUAUUCCUUUUGGAAAAAGACUACAAGCUACCAUAUGCACAGACUACACAGUGAGUGGGGUCGGCUCUCCCACAGCCUUUGGGGUGUAUUACAAGAGUCCCAGCCAUUAUCAUCUUCCUCCUGAGUUAUUUUGAAAUGGGUUUUUUUUUUUUUUUGUACAUUUUGGCUGCAGUAUUGGUGGUAGAAUAUACUAUAAUAUGGAUCAUCUCUACUUCUGUAUUUAUUUAUUUAUUACUAGUCCUCAACCACAGUCUUCUUUUUCCCCUUCCACCUCUUUGCCUGUAGGAUGUACUGUAUGUAGUCAUGCACUUUGUAUUAUUAAUAUUUUAGAAAUCUACAAAUCUGUUUUGUACUUUUUAUACUGUUGGAUACUUAUAAUCAAAACUUUUACUAGGUUAUUGAAUAAAUUUAGUCUUAUUAGAAAAUAA